UCAUUUUUUUCCGCUUCGUAAUUUUGAUGACAAUGUGAGUCACAAUGGAAGAAGUGUGCCUGUGCAGAUUCUCACAGCGGAGGAACCUGCUCGUGUAUGGAGGCGUGGGCCCUCAGCGUGCGUGCCCCGUGGCCCUGUGUAGGCGAGGAGGGCCGCAGGGAUGUGGGCCCUGAGGCCUCCCGGGUGGCGCAUGGCAGUGCUGCUUCGCGGACUCGCCAUUGUCGCACUCACCCACCUGGGACAAAGCUGCCCACGGCACGCUAUUGGGAGAAUCACGAUUCAAGACGGCGAAUACGGUGGCAGAACAAAUGAAAAAAUGUAUGCAACGGCACGCAGUGAACAUGAAGUCGGCAGAAUGAAUGGGAAAAUAUAUUCGACGACAAAAAGUGCUUACGAAGGUGCAAGAACUCAUGGGAAAAUGCAUUCAACGUCACGACGGCCUUAUGAAGCCACAUUUGGGCCCAGGCUACGUCUCUCGGGGAGCCUGGGAGACACAUCUGUGUCGACCGACUCAGAUCGCUGCCAGGGCCGCGUCGAGGUGCUCCACGACGGCACGUGGGGCACGGUGUGCGACGACGGCUGGGAUCUUCUGGCGGCCGGCGUGGCCUGUGCCUGGCUCGGCUGCGGGGAGGCCCUGGCGGCGCCCGGGGCGGCUCACUUUGGCCGCGGCCGGGGCCCCGUACACCUGGACAACGUGCGGUGCGAGGGGUACGAAAGCGCCCUCUGGGAGUGCGAGCACGCCGGCUGGGGAGACCACAACUGUGGCCACCACGAGGACGCCAGCAUCGUCUGUCAGGGGGCCUUUCCAACCACGACGAUGCGGCCGACUGUACAGCCGGUGUCCGAGUUCCCGAAAGGGCUCAAGCUGCUGCGCUUGGCGUGGGGCUCGGAGCCUGGACUGCGCCCCCCGCCGCGCUGCCAGGGCCGCGUGGAGGUCCUUUACGAGAGCGAGUGGGGCACGGUGUGCGACGACGAAUGGGACAUGCUGGAGGCCAGCGUGGCGUGUGCAUGGCUCGGGUGCGGGGAGGCCCUGGCGGCGCCCGGAGCGGCUCACUUUGGCCGCGGCCGGGGUCCCGUGCACCUGGACAACAUUCACUGCCGUGGGGACGAGAGCGCCCUCUGGGAGUGCGAGCACGCCGGCUGGGGAGACCACAACUGCGGGCACCACGAGGACGCCAGCAUCGUCUGUCAGGGGGCCUUCCUCACUACGCCGGCCCCGACUACCCCUACUCACCCUCCGACAAUGAGUCCAUCCAUCCCCGACUCCUCCAAUGUCAGUUCCGCCAAUGAAAGUGACGCCAUUACAGAGGUGACACCAUCUACAAGCCUGCACAACCAAGACGUUCCCACGCGGCUCGUGGGCGGUGCAAGCCCAUGCGAGGGCCGCGUGGAGCUGUCCGUGGCCGAGGGGCAGUGGGCCACGGUGUGCGACGACGUGUGGGACCUGGCGGACGCAAGGGUGGCUUGCCGCUCAGUGGGCUGCGGCCCAGCGCUCGCCGCGCCGGGCUCGGCGGUCUUUGGCCGCGGUCGGGGACCCAUCGCUCUCGACAACGUGGAGUGCGUCGGCACGGAGGCGAACCUGGGCCACUGCGCGCAUGCCGGCUGGGGCGUACACAACUGCGGGCACGGCGAGGACGCGGGAGCCGUUUGCGCAGAGCCGGGGAGCGAUACGACUUACGCGAGCCCUCUGGAGUUGUCCAGCGCAGGGACGGCGCGAUUCUCCUGGAUGGACACCCCUUCCUCCCUUCUGCCCCCCAUGCGACUUGUGGGAGAGAUGGAACCCUCGCCCCACAACUCUACCCGCCUACCACCGCUGCCACCGAUAUCGUCCUCCACCAACGUCCGUCGCUGCCAAGGCCGCAUCGAGCUCUUCCUCAUGGGCACCUGGGGCACCGUGUGCGACGACGCGUGGGACCUGACAGCCGCCACUGUGGCCUGUGCCGCACUGGGCUGUGGGGCGGCCAUUGCUGCCCCCGGUUUGGCCGCCUUUGGCCCGGGACGUGGCCCCAUUUGGCUCGACAACGUCAAGUGCGAGGGACACGAGGCGUCGCUUGUGCAGUGCUCGCACAUUGGCGCCUACGCGCACAACUGCGACCACACGGAGGACGCUGGCGUGGUGUGCGCAGGGCCUGGCUAAACGGCCAUCCCAGUCAUGGGAUUUCAACAGCAAAACUUUACAAUGAUAAUAAACCUCUUGA